AUGAAUUUCAGCUUAUCGAAAAAAAAUGCGAACGAUAUUCUCACCAGGAUCUUGCCACCGACAGUUUCAAAUACUGUGAUAUGCUGGAAAUUCAGACUUAUGAAUGCUGAAAUGCUGAAUUCAUAUAGAAGUAUAUACUGCAGAGCAUAUGGAAGAGGGCUGAUGAUGCUGCUGAUUCUUUUGGAAUUGCCUGACCUAUGUUGCUUCAGAUUCAUCACUAAGCUAAUUUUCCUUAAUGCUGACCCUACUGCACUAAGACCUUGCGAACCCAAUUUUCUAUUCGAUGGAGCCUGUGCAAGGCCGUCUGAAUCCGAUGGACUCCAAGCAUUUGGAGACUCAGCCAGGGGAGAAUUAGUCAGUAGAGAUGGAGAUGGUGAUGUUGGUGCUAUGGGAGAUGGAGGUGUUGAACGGUGGGGUUUUGGUCUCACAACCAUAGAAUGA